CGCGAUGCCCGGUGGCCGCGGGGACCAACCGGAGCCGGGGGCGGUGGCACCGGGAUGGGGCGGCCCGUGGGGCGGGGAGCGGGCGGUGCUGAUGAAUCAUUAACGGACAGAGCUAAGGUCAGGCCGAGCCCGGGGCUCCCUCUUCGUGCCCCGGUGGCGACGAUGUGGCUGUACGCGGUGGCGGUGCUGGCGGGGCUGCUUCUGCUCUGGCGCUGGCACCGGGAGCGGCAGACGGUGCCCGCGCUCUCGGAGAAGUUUGUGCUGAUCACGGGCUGCGACAGCGGCUUCGGGAACCGGCUGGCACGGCAGCUGGACGCACGGGGGCUGCGGGUGCUGGCCGCCUGCCUGACCGAGCACGGGGCCGAGCAGCUGCGGGCAGGCGCCUCGUCACGCCUGCAGACUGUGCUGCUGGACGUCACCUCCAGCCAGAGCAUCGCCAACGCCGCCUCCUGGGUCCGGGAGCGUGUGGGCAACCAAGGGCUCUGGGGGCUGGUGAACAACGCGGGAAUCGCCAUCCCCACUGCCCCGAACGAGUGGCUGACCAAGGACGACUUCGCUAAGGUGCUGGAUGUCAACCUGCUCGGCCUCAUCGAGGUGACGCUGAGCCUCCUGCCGCUGCUCCGGCGGGCGCGGGGCCGGGUGGUCAACGUGGCCAGUGUCAUGGGCCGAGUCUCCUUCUUUGGCGGGGGGUACUGCAUCUCCAAGUUUGGCGUGGAAGCCUUCUCUGACUGUCUUCGGCUUGAGAUGCGCAGCUUUGGGGUCAAGGUCAGCAUAAUCGAGCCGGGCUACUUCAAGACGCAGAUCACCAACGUGGAGAACCUCGAGAACAAUUUUAGUUCCAUGUGGAAGAAGCUCCCAGAGGAAAUCAGAGCGGAUUAUGGAGAGGAAUACCUGAAGGGCUUUUCAUCGACGAUCAGGAUGAUGCAGAAGCUGUUCAACACCAACCUGGAGUUGGUGACGGACUGCAUGGAGCACGCCCUGACCAGCUGCUACCCUCGCACCCGCUACUCAGCAGGCUGGGAUGCCAAGCUGCUCUACAUCCCCCUCAGCUACAUGCCCUCUGCAUUUGCUGACAUCGUACUCACCUGGUUCUACCCUAAACCCGCUCGGAAAGCCUGAAGCAGGAAUGCGCCGUCGGCAGCCAUCAGGCAGCGCAGCCAGGGUCUGGCAAGGUGGGAUCCAGCAUCACCCGCAGAUGAGGCUGUGCCAAUUGGUUCCUCAACAUCCAACUCACCAUACACCUCUCAGCCCACUGUCCCUGAAUUCCCAACUCACCAUACACCUCUCAGCCCACUGUCCCUGAAUUCCCAACUCACCGUACACCUCUCAGCCCGCUGUCCCUGAAUUCCCAACUCACCGUACACCUCUCAGCCCACUGUCCCUGAAUUCCCAACUCACCGUACACCUCUCAGCCCACUGUCCCUGAAUUCCCAACUCACCGUACGCCUCUCAGCCCACUGUCCCUGAAUUCCCAACUCACCGUACACCCCUGUCCCAGCCAGCAUAUGCUUUUCCUUCUGAAUAAAG